AUGAACUACUUUUGGAAAUCUGUUCGCACCGUGAGCUUCUUGCUUGCGUGUUUUGCUGCCAAUUUUCCAAUGUUGGAUGCCACGAAGACACUAUACAUAGGAGGUUUAUUUCCAAUGAGUGGUUCCUCUGUAGCUUCGGCAGGAAAAAUAUUUCUUCCUGUAAGCGAACUGGCAAUUGAUAUGGUGAACAACCGCACCGAUUUGUUAAACGGUUACCAAUUGCAGCUCAUAUGGAAUGAUACACAGGUAUCCAAAAUCAUUUUUUUUUGUCUGUUGGUUACAUCUCAGAGUAUAGUCACUAAAACUCAAAUUAUUUGGUUUCUUAACAACUUCUCUAGUAGUGAAUUUCAUUACAACUUCAUCAUUUGCGCGACAUUUUCAGACACAGGCAAAACCAUUUACAAUACCUUGAGUACUGUGGGAAGUUUAGGAUGACCUUUGAUGACAUGUCGCAUUACAACGCUGACAGCCUAUGUGUAAGGGAUAAGUUAAAUACUUCAAAAUUAUAUUCUGUCCUGUCUCUCUCAAAAUCGCUUCUCUCCACAGUCAUUUCCCCCCCCCUUGUGAAAAAUGGCCGUUGAACAUUCAAACUUUUUUCGUUUUGAAAUCGACGCGUUGUUUGAUCGCAAAAAAAUUCCUUUGGUUACGCACACGAAAAUAAACGACUCAGCUAUUAUUCUAUUUAAAAGGAAAUUUAGCUCCCAAAAUGAUGCAAUAUACAACCUUAACAAAGGAACAAUAGGGAAAUGAUAUCUAGAGCGUAAUUAUCUUAAAAGUGUUUGGAUCAAAAUUGGUGUAGACUUGAACAGAUUUUCGUUGUCAUGGCCUGGAAGAAUCUAUAUCGUUAACUGCACUUCAAAGUCAACAAUGGCCUAUUAAAACUCUCAGAAAUAACUUCCGAAGGGAACGAAAAGUCAGUAUUCAGUACUACUGAAAUGUUUUACUUUACGAAACUUUGUUUGAAAACAUUUCAGGCAUUGAAUUCUUAUGUUAGACGAAACAUUUUAUUCUUUUUGUUAACAGAACGUGGCUGUAACAUUUGUUUGCGGCAAACGCUUCUUGAAUAUCACUUCCGCUAGUUUGCUUUGGGUUUUUCGAGAGCUUUUCGAAAACCACGUCAAAAUAGGCCGGCUUUUCCUGACGCCCUUCACAUUCAUUAUGGUUUCAUAUUGACCAAAAAUUUUGUAGUUUGGUUUACAAAUUUAGAAAAUGAGCGAAGUCUUGUUAUGUUGUCUUUAUCCACCACAGAAAGUGAACACUGUGAACACUCAGUUGAAAUACAAUUUUCAAUUUCGAAUUCCUUUUCAAAUCGGACCAAAAACUUCAUUGAGUAGAAGACCAUUGUAAAUACAGUUCGAUUGUUGUUGACAUUCUAAGGCUCUUGUUCAUAGCCGUUUUGGUUAAAAAAUUAUGGAUUAUUCCUUCUAAAGCUUGCAAUUAAAUUCAAGGGAAAAUGAGUUUAAAAUUUGAUAUUUCCUCCUCAACAGAACCAUUGAAUCAAGCAAAAAGUCGAGCGAACAAACGCUUUGUCCUCUUGAAAAUCAAUGCAGCAAUCCAGUUUCGCGUGAAAAAUUUAUUGACCCGAUCUUCCAUUUUAUUCAUUCAACUCACGGCUAUCGUCUAUGUGCCCUCGACUAUGUGAGCGUCAGAGUUUAACAUAAUUGAUUUUCUCGUCCGCUAAAAUCUUAAACUUCGACGUCAUAACCUUUGUUUUGGAAAUUAUCUAAUCGUUAUUGCACAAAAGGCUCUAUUUGAAAGUCUUUCUACACAUCAAGUAUUGACUUGUUUAUCAUGAUGAUAUGAGCGCAAUCUGUUUUUCAUAAUUCUUCAGCAAUUUGAACUGCUAAGUCAAAUUUCAUACCUUUUCAAGGUAUUUGUAAUUACGUAGCGAAAUAUCGGGCUCGCUUUUCCAUAUUUUGUUUAUUCGUAGUUAUGAAGCAAUUUUGACGUCGAUGCUUAAAUUAGAAAUAUUCUUGUCAAACUUAAUUGCUUUCAAAAUUAGGAUAUGACAAAAUUUUCGUGCUUUAAUUGAUAACCAAAUUACCAGACUGUGAAAUGAAGAAACUUUUCUCCGAAUGAAAUGAUUCCCUUGGCGGCUGUUCGCUGAAGUCUGUAAUAAGUAAUUUCUGGCUUAGUUUUCCGCUCUAGAAAAAUUUUCAAUGGCUAAACAUUUUGGCGAAACAGAAAUCAUCAAGUAUUUCAUAUAAUGGUCUCAUUCUGUUCCAAUAAGGCAAAAUAAUUAACAACUAUUGACAGAGGAUUGUUAUCUUUUUACAACAUUGAUAUUUGCAAAAUCACGCGAUGGUCGAAUUUGAAUGAUUUAGCGCGUUUAAAAUUCCCUUUUGUCUUUGCCCUGAGGUGAAAAAUAAAUUGCAACAAUAUUCACUACACUUACCACAACUUGACCCCCAAAUCUCUUGUUGUGAAAAUGAGAUUCAAUUUAUUUUUUUUGGCACGAGUUGACCCGUGUUACCCCACUGGAGAGCAGUCUCCCGUGUUGUGAUGUACGUAAUAUUUACGAAAUGCGUCAUCUCCCACUGUUACCUAGUUGCAAUCAGCUCUUCAGUCAAUUUAUCAAGUUUCAUUAUCGGUUUCUUUGAUCGGAUGUCUAGAAGAUCAAAACUUGCAGGAGGUAAAUCCAUUUCAUAACUUGCCUGAAGCAUUUUCCCAUUUGUCGUGAAAUCAAAGCCAAAGUAGAAAAAGCAGUCUUUGAGGAAAGCGGUAACUAUCACGAGCAAACUUCCCAAAGCGCGGGAAAACGCGUGUGACCAAGUUGCGAUUGGUUUUAGUUUUGUAUCUGAUUGGUUGAGAAGGAAGCGCGAGUUUUCCGGACCAAUAUGAAAUUACUUACAACUCUAUGUGAGUCUGGUGAAAAAGGAGAAUAUUACGGUUCUUAACGUUAUUUCAUUUUAGAGCUGGCAAUACAUCUUGUUUCAUGCAACUUAAAAAGCUAUGAGGCUGGUAGGAAAUGAUAGGAAAGUCUCAAAAGCGUGUUGCUGCCCUCUUCUGACCCGGGUUUUGAGUAGUGGUCAGUGGUGGUCAGAAAUGGAUUAUACUUAUACGAUUCUAAAAUUUGUUUUAUUUUCUGACUAAUUCACGGCAGUGUGACCCAGGACAUGCGACAAACUCGCUGUUUGAGUCCCUUCACACCAGGCCCCCAAUGAUAAUGCUCCUAGGGGCUGCUUGUUCAUCAGUGACCCGAGCCACCGCACAGAUCGGCAAGCUCUGGAAUCUUGUACAGGUAAAUAGUAAAUUAUUUAACUUUGGUAUCUUCUUAAAAGUGAAUUCAUGGAAAUUUUGUUUUGGAGAGGAAUAUGCCAGAUAGCUUGUACAAAUAACAAUGAUUGUGCCUGAAACAAUUCCUUAUAAAAUGUAGAGGUAAAUUUCGACGAAUUAACUCUUAAAUGUUGAGGUGCAUUUGCUAAAUCUAAGAAGGUAUUUGCUAAAUCUAUCGAGGUAUCAGAACUAUCUUCUUCUGGAAUCUCUACCGAAGAGAAACACAACAAAGCCGUGUUUGGCAUUCACAAUAAGGAGAUUCCAGCUGUUGUUUUGAAGAGGAACGCUAUUUUUUUAUAAUUACUGACCCUCAUAAAAUCCUAUUGUUCUCUCUCUGCAUUAUAUCGGCGAUUUCAGUUGCAUUGUUGGUGUACCAAAACAUCAAUAUGAAGGGGCGACUGAAAUCGUCGAUGUAAUGCAGAGAGAGAACAAUAGGAUUUUAUGAGGGUCAAUAAUUAUAAUAGUUAAUUACUGAGGUUCGCAGCAUUAUUGGGUAUAAUGCUGCGAACCUCAGUAAUUAUCUAUUAAAUAAUUACUCGGAGGUCGUGCACGUGUAAGCGUUGUUCUGCGAAUGACAAUUUGUUUACUAUUCAAAGCCAUACUCCCAUAGACAAUCCAUUGUCAUUGUGGUUUUUUUUUUUCAUCCAAGCACUGCAUGUACAAUGAGGUAAGGGGUUAUACGGAAAUCUUGCCAUUUUUAUCCUGGAUAGAAGCGAUCUCUGGUUUGCCGAAACAUUGAAGCGCUAGCUUAGAGUCGUGACCCUUUAACUCCCAUGAGUGACCGAGAGAGAAUUUCUCCUUACCGUGUCGAUACAAUAUCAAGUAAACAAGUGAUGAGAAUAAAGAAAAAUAUCAAUAAAGGGAUUACGAUUUGAUCCAAUAUUAAAUUCUCUGACCUAACAUCGUAAUAAUUGUAUGGCGAACAAUAAGGAGAAUUACUAAUGAGAUCUUGGGAGUGAAAGGGUUAAACGCGUGAAUGCAAAGCUGCGUGGUUUAGAAAAUAGUGUAACCAGACAAAGCGUGAUUAGGAACAGUCGCCAGUCCUCACGUCUCAUUUUAAUUGACAGGUGUCAUAUGCCUCCACUGCCAGCGAUCUAUCCAAUAAGGAGAAGUAUCCCAUGCUAUACAACAUUGUACCACCUGACUCUGCAUAUAACAACGCGAGGAUAGCUUUCUUAAAGCACUUCAAGUGGAAGAGAAUUGCUACUAUUCGACAAAAUAGUUACGUCUUUGAUGAGGUGAAGUAUCGAUCAAAUAGCGACAUAAUUAUGGUAACAUUUGAGUGGAACAAAAAGGUCAAAAAUAAAUUAAUACAUUGGUAUUUAAGAGACUGACAAGGAGAGUUUAAACGACAAUUAAGAGCCUCGUCGGUUCGUGAGCGUUUCCUUCAUUCUCAUGACCUUAAUUUUUGAUUCAACAGUGAUGCUGGAUGUAAGAAGAAAUUAGAUGCUAGUCACUCGAAGGGGUUUGGAGGGGGGAGGGGAGGUGGCGUGAUAAGGGUGGGAAUUUAAGCGCCUAAAUUCUCAAAUAUCCAGCCUAAGUGAGGACCGGAGGAAAGUGAAAUUUACUAUGGUGUAUUCAUGUUAGGACUUUGCGUUUUCAUGGUUUACACUAUGCACUUCACGUUGAAAGUGUUAAAAUUAAAAUACUAUCUUUCAGGUUAUGGACAUGCUCCAAGAAGAUCUUAUAAACAACAACUUCGAUCUUAUAGCCACGGAACUGUUUCAUGACGAUCCUAAGAUUCAGGUUGAAAAUCUGAAGGUAAGGUUUCCUGAAAAGAAAUCGAGAGUUACUUAGCUACGAUUAAUUCCUGAGAAGUUUUCAUCGAAUUUGUAUUAACCUCAACAGAAGAGAGACGCCCGCAUCAUUGUUGGGAUGUUCUACGAAGACAAGGCUCGGAGAGUUUUUUGCGAGGUGCAGUAUUCAAUUACCACGCGAUUCUUUGUUAUAUGCAUGCUUUCUGCUCAUUUCAUUCCUCAAAUGUUGCAUGAUAUUGGCGUUUCAUGCAACAUGCACGGCACAACAUUUUAAUUCGCAAAGUAGCUUGUUUGAACGAUAGGCAGAAAGGAUUUGUGACUUGUGUGUCCUUAAUUACCUUUAGUGGCCCCUGUGUGUUUUUACCCAAAUGUUCUGUAUUAUUGCCGUUACUUCUAACACGGGAGGCAAUCAGACAUAGCAGAAGAUUUUUAAUUUGUAAGGAAACUACUUGGUUAGAAAGCUAAAAGUAAAUUGUGAGUUCAUGUGUGCUAAAGUGACUUGCUUUACGUCUGCUCUUAACAACAUGCAUGUCACAGGCAGGCUAGUGGAAUUAGGGCCGACUCGCGGACUAAACUUCGAGUCACGUUGAUCUUUCACCAUACCUUGCUUCGUUUUCUUUGGUGUAGGCAUACAAACAAGAAAUGUACGGAGAGCACUACAUGUGGUUGAUAAUGGACUGGUACGACAACAAACCCUGGUGGCUCGUUAAAGAUGAUAAAAUUGAUUGCACAGAAGGACAGAUGAGAAUGGCGACCGAGGGCUACUUUUCCGUUGAGAGUGCACGGAUUGUUUCCAACCAGGAACCCACUAUAUCAGGAAUGGUGAGUUGAAUAGCGUGUAAGGGUGAGGGUGUAGCGUCCGCAAUCGGACGGAAGUGUCAGAAAUCUGACGAAAGCGUCUGAAAUCGGAGUGUGACGUUGGAAAUCGCACGAUAGCGUCCGAAAUCAAAAUUUUUGACAUAAAGUGUUGAAAAACGAUAUAAAACUGAACGAUUGAGUAACAGACUGACUGACUGACUGACUGACUGACUGAAUGACUGACUACUGACUGACUGACUGACUGACUGAAUGAAUAAAUGACUGAUUGACUGAUUGUCUUAUUGACAGACUAAAUGACUGACUAACUGACUGACUAAAUGAGUGACUGACUGAAUGACUAAAUGAAUUAAUAAAUAAACGAUUGACUGACUCAAUGACUGACUGACAGACUGACUGACUUACUGAUUGACUUAAUGACUGACUGACUAACUUAUUGACUGACUGAAGGACUAAAUGAAUAUUUAAUUAAUCGAUAGACUGACUGUUUGACUAACUGACUGACUGACUAAUUGAUUGAUCGAUUGGUGUAUAAGGAAAAUUCCACCAACGUUUCAAAAUAUUAAACGAUUUUCUUUACUCUGUAGACCUCCGAAAAGUUUCUACAAACCCAUGUCAAGCCUAGUGGAAACAAUACAGAUCUUUAUGUUCCCUUCGUGUUUGACUCCAUGUGGACGAUUGCUCUCACAUUGAACAAGUCUAUGAGUGAAAUCCGCAAAACCUUGAACAGAUCCCUAGAAGAUUUUACCUACCAAGACAGUGGCAUGGCGCAAAUUUUCAAGCAAACGUUGAAAAACCUGGAAUUCCAAGGGAUUACGGUAGUGACAUGCUAAUAAUUUUUUCACCGUAACCCUCACCUACCGCGGGCUCUCUUCCCUCGCUUUGAGUUAAAAAUGAAUGCUCCGUGCUUUUGGCUGAGCCGGAGGCAAGACAUAUAUUCAUUCUAGAUAUCAGCUUCCAAUCAUAGAGAAAUGAUUAAUCGUCAACCUGUAUUUUCGCGGCUGCUCAACUAAAAGGAGGUUAUCUGUCAGUCCACUGAUCAAGAAUCAAAUUAAAUAUUUUACCUUUGGGUUUUAUGAUAUUCAUAACGAUAAGCAAAUUUUCAAGCAUUAACGUUUAAAUUUGUUUAUUUCGUAGGGAAAAGUGACGUUUUCAAGUAAAGGGGAAGGAACGAAGCCCUCAUACAUAAAACAAAUGCAAAGUAAGUUGAUUCAUUCGAUUUAAUAUUUUGGACACGAGUGGCCGAUUUUGGAGUUUGAACCCCAAUGGUCGACCUGAGAUUUGGACAGUAACGCCCAAUUUUGGAUUUUGUACUGACAAAAUGUAAAAUAAUACGAGCACCUUCUGAUUAUAAAUCUGCAUUUUGUUCCAAUUUACGGACGAGAUCUUUACCUCGUGCUAAAUCGAGUUAAUUAUUGACGUCGCAUCUCGUGAACUUUCAUUUCUUUGCUUUCAAACAGACGGAAUUUCGAAGAUAUUGGGCACAUACCACCCUGAUACCGAUAAAAUUGUGUUGGAUGGUGCUCAAGUCUUAUGGAAAGGUAUGUUUAGGUAACAUCAUUCAUCUGAGUAAGUAAACAAACCUUUGCUCAUCAAGAACUGGAGCUCCAAUUAAAAGCCGACUCGUUAAGGCAGCAUGUGUACUGUUCGAUACCUGGCUUCUUUUCUUGAGACAAUGAUAUGUGCGAUUUUGGUGUCAAUAUCCUUCAAAGUUCCGAAAAUAUCUUACGACUUCCGAACAUAGACGAAUAUUGCCGAAGAUUUUUCGAUAAAUUAUGAAGGUUAAUAUAGUUUAUCGUAAUGAAAAAUUAAAUGAAGACUGGGGCUUUUCUUAGAAAAAUGAAACGAACGUAAAACAAAAAGAUUUUCCACUACUUCCAAAUUCCAGCCAUGUCCAUUCUUUUUUCCUUAGCCUCAUGUAAUCGCACACUUGUAAAACAGGUUUUGAGAAAAGGAGAUAUUUCUGUCGUGAAAAAUUACCCCCAUAUUCCGUGACAGUAUUCCUCUACUUCUCGUCUUUGAACGUUAAGGUGGCGCUCCUCCAACUGAUGGCAAAGUUACCAUUUAUGAGAUACAGUACGUUUCUACGCCACUGUUUUGUGUCAUCGUUAUUUUGACCAGCGGAGGCAUUUUAUUGGCGGCGUACUUCCUGCGAUUCAAUUUUGUUCAACGAAUGCAACGGUAAGUUAGGGAAGCUACGUAAUAUAUGAUUUGUGAAUGGAUGUUUUGUGUAUGUCCGAUGAUGAAGACAUUGAAUGGUAAUAUUCCUCCUCCGCUUCACGCCAUAUGUGACAUAUUUUUUACUAAGUUAGGUUUUCGUUUUUUCCUUCAGCCAUAUCAAGUUAUCAAGUCCAAACCUUAACAACGUGAUAAUCUUAGGAUGUGUAUUGAUCUACAUAUCUGUUUAUAUGAUCGCCAUCGAUGGUAAAUUGGUGGACACCAGCACACUAACGGGCCUGUGCAGGGUAAGUUUAUCUGAGUAAAUAUUCUCCUAUACACAAGUCUAAAGAGUUUUAUCUAUAUCAGCUAGGGGCUUAGUAUAGUAGUAUACAUAGCCUCCUUCCGUCUAGCCAAUAGUAUCAAUUGGUACUAGGAAUCUAAUGUAGAAACUUUAAGCCAACCUCGGAGGAUAUGAAUACUUUCGGUUGCUUUGAGCUAAGGAAACCAGGAUGACCUCUAGGUGUAGUAAGUCAUAAGUUUUGUCGGAAUUUAGUGCAAAGUUCAUGUUGAUGCAAUCAUCUUACCAGCUAAGGAAUUUCCUUGUCAUUUCAGGCUCGAGGUUUUCUCUUGUCCGUUGGUUAUAGUCUAGCGGUUGGUGCAAUGUUCUCAAAGCUGUGGCGAGUGUAUCAGAUUUACAGCAACUUUAGACCUAAAGAAAAGGUAAAUUUCGACAAUCUUUUCACAAUAUCAAAGCUCUGACCAAAGAAAAUAACGUGACCAAUCACAAAAAAUGUACGUAACGCAAUGGACCACUUACAAUUUAGGGAAACUGCACGAGACCGUCGCAAAGGGCGGGAAAACGUACGUACCCAAGACGAGAUUGCGCUUGCAUUUACCUCUGAUUGGUUUAAUGGGGCUUAAGAUAGUGAAAAAUAGCGAAAAUUAAAGUGAGAAAAAAAGAUUUGGCUUUGGGAUUCAGCUCAAAAUUACUGUGUCAUACAAGUCUUUCCUGUAUUUACCACAAGCAGCGAUGUGAUCUUAAAAGAACUGUGCACUAGGGGUGCAUAAGCGGCAAACAUCGCCAGGAAGGAUCGUCUCAUGAAAAUUGAACUCUUGCUCUGGACGUGGCUAUGAGACCUUUGUCCAUAAUUUUCACAAUCUUUGCUUCCUCAGACACUCAAGUAUAAGGAACUUAUUGGUUUCGUGGUAGUUUUGGUACUGAUUGACAUAGUUGUAAUGUCUCUGUGGAUUGGAGUGGAUACACCUGAGAUUGUUACAACUGACAUACAGUCGCAGGUUAGUCAGUCGGGUUAAAGCGAUCAAAGUACAAUUUCUAUUUGAUGUUUCAUGGCACAGUCACGUGAAAGGGUCGUGGGAAUAUAGAUCAAGAACUUCCGACUUUCAGCCAAUUGCCGACCAUUCUCGAUCGACUAUUGAUCGACUUUUUAAAGUAUAUUCGCCACAUGCCACAACCUUCAAAAAUAUAUUAACAUACCUGUUUCUUUUCAGAUUAAGGAAGAACCUCAUUUUAGAAUUAUACCACAGGAGCAAUACUGUACUUCCAGAUACUUCACCACUUGGUUAUACAUUCUGCUCGGCUACAAAGCUCUCUUAUUGGUGAUUGGAUGCUUAAUCGCAUGGGUCACACGUGAGGCAAAAGUCCGCCUGCUCAAUGACUCGCGUUACGUGUGCAUGAGUGUGUAUAAUAUAAUACCUUGCGCUCUGGUGGGUAUACCGCUGGCCUUCCUGAUUGAUGGUCACAUUAACGCGCUUGUGGCGUGUGUCUCGUUUUUUCUGCUCCUUCCUACAACAGUGACACUUUGUUUGCUUUUUGUACCGAAGGUGAGCAAGAAACGAGUUUUUCGCAGAUAAUCUCAGAAUAAUUUCUGUUAUUUGCGUGCUUUUUGUUUCUUCACUCUUCUUUAAAAUUUUCAUUCGUGCGACGCACUCGCCGAAAAGGAAAGAUUGCUUGUAGUCUAGGGGGGAACUUAUUUUCUACAAGCUUUUCUUUUGACGAGUAAGACCUACCAACGACAAAAACAGACACGAUGACAUAACAAACGUUAUAACUUAUCAGUCGAAAUAUUGAUAAAUGACAAAUAUAAAAUAUAAAGGGCCUCCUAGAGGGGGUUGGGAUAUUUAAUAAUUUUUUGGCGUAUAGAAAUCCUUUUUCUGGUAAUAAUGGCUGAAUUCUGAUUGUUUUGUGACUACCUACUCAGGACGUCUCCUGCCUACAAAGGUCAACGAGUGAAAAAGGUUAAGAAAGUUUCUCAACACUUUUAUAUAAGACGUUUUUGUUCCUGUCGUAGAUUUUGAAGCUCAAAAAGAAUGCGGAGGAGCAAUUUCGGAUAUCUGCUCUACAAUGUCCUACACGAAACGUAAUGGAAGUAAAUUACGAUUCGCUUGAUUCAUCUCAUUCCGUCAAUGAUCCCAAUGCGGAUUCAAAACUUCAGGAAGAGAUAGCCACGCUCAAGAAAGAAAUACGUGCAAUUAAACUUAAACACGGAGAAAAUGCAAUUCCAAACCUGUCGGUUAGAAUCACCGACCCUGUUGAAAAUGGUCGGGAGGGGAAAUAUUUCGCUCAACUGCCUGUAAGACUGCUGACUAGACCACAACUUAACAAGCGGGCAGUUACGUGUCAUACCACUCAAGAAUUGUGCGUUCGAAAGAGGCGUAAACGUCGGUCAUCCUCGUUUUCCGGACCGUAUUUGCAACGGGGAUCACUCGACAUUGGGUCGUUCUUUUCCGAGCUCGCUGAUCCGCUAUUGGUGCUGAAAGCGGAGAACCGAGAACUGAACAGAAAGCUGCAAGAGGCGAGAAUUUCCGAGGCGGGAAAGCUGGCUAAAGUGUGGCAUGAGAAUGCGCAGCUUCACCGCAAGAUUGUGGAGCUCAACCUCAAAAGUGCUCCGGGCGAAGAGGCUGAAAAAGUGUCACGUCUCCUUAAGGAAAAUGCGGAGUUGAAGAAGCAGUUGGGAGAAGUCAGUAUUUUGAAUUCAGUUUGGUGUGAUGUAACGCCUCAAAUACAGAGAAAACAGAACGAGGAUAGAAAAAUUUCGAAAGAUUUAAGAGAGGUAAGAGACAUUCACGAAUGGAAAUUAUUUCUGAAAGUAACACAUACUGUGGCUGAAGUUCCAUCUUUUAAGAUGCAAAGCUGUUCCGCCUAUCCAGAACCUUUUAUUUAUCAAUCUAUUCAUUCAUUUAUAUUUAGCUUGAUUGCUCGUUUUUAAGCUAGUUUUAGGGCCUAGGAGGAUCCCGCUCAAGAAAAUACAGAGUCGGCGGAGUAUUUUCUGAACAUGGGGGGGGGGGGCUCCUGGUGCAAAAAUAUCUUCACAUCCCCCCACUCGAAUUCUCCCGAAUUCCCUAAAGUGCAAGCAAACCUAUUUGCCUGCUGAACAACCAAACCAUAAUCGAUUGCUACACCGCAUAAAUAAGCAGUUAUUGAGAAAAAAUGUCUAAAAGUAGCUCCCUCUCAACCAAUCAGAUGCAAAACUGAAGCCAACUGCGACUUGAAGGUCACUCGUGUUCUCCUCCUUUUCAGACAGCCUCCUUGUUUCUGUGCCCUCAUUGGUCGUAAUAAUAACUAUGCUUUUAGUUUAUUGAAUAAACAACCAAAUAGCGCCCUAACUUGAGCGAGUGAAAUUGUAUAAAUAUGGGAUUGGCUUCGGAAUAUCGACCCUCUGUCUUAGUGUGCAAAUCAUUCAAGCCGAAAUAAUAAUUUCAAACUGAGAAUUUUGUUUUUCUCCUCAACAGCUUCAGCAGCUGCUUAGUGUGGAUCUCGGUGGUCACAGACCGGGAUCUUUCCGUCCAUCUCCUGUCACAAGACCACCUCCCAUUGGCCGCUCCCAGUCCUCGUCCGAGUUGCACUGCACCUGGAACGGAACCCCAUGUGGUGACAAGAAAAGACCCAUUAGCCCUUUUGCAACAACCGCCAUGAAACGAUUUAGCUUUGAGGGCAUCGACAAAAGACAAGAUUUCUGCCCAAGCACUGAAAAUCCAAGAGCUGGAACAACGACGGCGGAGGCUGAAGCAGUUAAAUCUUUGACGAUUGUAUCGGAAUCUCCUCAAGCUGUGAUAAGCGAAACCAGAAGCACGGGAAAAGCUCCCACUAUUAUUCGUCGAGAUAACAUAGAUGGUUGCGAGUCGGAGAAAGAAAUUUCUGGCAUCGGCGAAAGAACCAAUAUGGGAUUUAGCAGUGAUGAGGAUGAAGAUAUAAUUCAUUUGAAGUCGGUAAACAAAAUGGAUGAAAAUCUUGAGAAACCUUCCAUUUUUAAUCACGAGAAAGAAGAUGUCAUGAUAAGCAGCCAAAAUGUAAUUCCGAAGAUCGUGCGUCAGGAUCGGCUCUUUUCGUCAGAACCAAAAGACCAAAGCAUUUCCGAUCCAAAGUCCAAUUCUUAUUGUGAAUCAUCGGACGAAAGUGUUCAAAAUCGUUUUGGUGUUGAGACUUCUAGAGUGGUACUCGAUGAAAAUGACAAUUUGCAAAGUACUGUAAUACUACUAAACCCAUUAGUGGCUAAUGAUUUCGAUACAAAUCAAGAAUUUUCUGCGGAAAUAAAGAACUUUUCAGGUCAGACUGAAGAAAAAGUGGAAUUGUCAGACUCAAAGACACUUGAUUCCCCAGUACAUGAGGCAAAUCCUACACGAACACAGAAAGCUUCAUACGACCGAAGUGCAAAGGACUUUCCGGCUUACAUGAGGAAAGUGCAAAGAAAGAAGGAGAAAAAGAAAAAUGACAAAAUAGAAAAAAUAUUCUUUGUAUAAUCAAUUCUGACAAACAAACUUAUUAAUCAUCGAAGUAUUUGCUCAAUUAAUUGGUAUCUUGUGGAAGCGUCAAGGGAAAAGGAGAAAACAUGGAGUCUUAUCUGAAAUAUAAAGAUGCAAAAAAAAAUUCUGCUGUCAUCCAUCAUCACUGGGGCUGAGAUUGGGGUGGAGACUGGGCCGAGUUUGCCAAAAGGGAGUUUUAAAGGAAUUACCUGACCCUUCCUCGGAAAUUUAUUACCUGACUCAUAUUUGACUCAUCAGAACAAAUACGUUUCCAUGCUAUUAGAUUUAUUUCAGUUUUCGCCAAAAUUUUUCACAAUUUCACAUUCCUUUUCAACUCGUUAGUGCUAAAUCUGCGGAGUUGUUCUAAAAAUUUUUCCUUUAAUCUCUAAGGAAGGCUGUUAAUAUCCAGGUUUUGUCUCCAGGAGAUCCCGCUAUAUUACUGGUUGCCGGCUUGUCGAGCCUGUUAACCCUCCAAUGGCCUACAUACAGGGACCGCGAUUCCUGUAUCAAAUACCAGAGCCAUACAUAUUGUCCCCUCCGGACAAUCUAGUACUUCAGCUUCCGUUGGCGAACAAGCUGAAGGAAGAAAAAAGACAUAAACGAAGGGAACGGUCAUUAUUGCUUGAGUUAUGAUAACAUUUACCUUAUCCCUUUAUAACGCUAUGUAAUUUACUCAUGAACCUCUCCCCUGAUUGACAAUUAAUUGGCAGUCAGUCAUUUUUCCAUUCUACAUUGGAGACGACUGAUCCCCCCUCCGCCCCCCCCCCCCUUGAAAACCAUGUAAUCCCACGCCAGGUGAUGAAAAAUGGCUGGCUCCUUAUUCAACAACUAGUUGUCCCUGAGAUUAGGUAGAGACUGCCUAAAUGCACCAAACAUAGUCUGUUAGAAGAAAAUACAUUAAGAGUUCGAAUCUUAUAAUAUAAAGCAUGACGCUCUGACCUGUUAAAUAUCAUCAUGAUCUGGGGCAAAGCGAAAGUUUAGUCUGUGUUUUUGUUUCUGUAUAAAUUAUGUUUUGUAACUGAUGGAGAUGAAGUUAUACAAUACUCUUUUGCUUGCACUAUACUAUAACUGAGGCGGGUAAAAUUUUUAAAAAGAAUCAAGAAAAUAGGAAAUUUAAUCUUGAAGGGGAGAUAUUUCGGUCUGCAGGGAAAAACUUACGUCGCCAGAAUUCUUUGACAUCACCUAGAAAACAAAAAAAAAGAAACGAUCUAAAGGUUUUAUAUAACCUCUUUCGUACUGUUACAAGAAGUUAAAGCAAGUUUUACUGGGUAAGGACUGAAGGAAAAAGCCAGAAUGUUGAAUGAUUUUUAACAAGAUGAUAUCAGUUUUUGUACUCAUCGUGAAGGGAAUCACUUGAAAAGAACGGAACACUUUGUAAAGUAGAAAUAUACAAACUGCUCGAAGAGGGUAGCAAAUAGUUCAUGCGUGACACGCGAUUAGGCCCAAAAUUAAUGCGAGAGGCUUGAAUUUUACAGAGGCAAGGUAAUGUGAGAUUUCAAGAUUUCCCUUUCGAUGCUUUAAAUACUUGAAAUAUAGAAUUUUAGAUCCACGUUUGGCGUGUUCACUGCUAACGUCAAACCGCGGUCAGCAGUUUGUGAUCAGAAGUUAGAAGUCUCGAGUUUUUCAGCUUUUUAGAUCGACGUCGGCUUUCAUCUGAGAAAAAGAAUCAUCAUGUGCGCCGCCAUCUUGAGUUACACAAAGGAUGGGGGUCCUUUAUUUCAAACACAAAAUGUGGCUAGAAGAUUGGUUUUCUAUCGUCCCAAACGGAUUGGUUGAAAAGAAAAGACUUCACUUCACGAACAUACAUGAGAACUUUUGAUCAGGAAGAAAAAAAACCGUCGAGGGAGUUCAACUACCUGAAACUGCCUUGCCCAAAGUUCAAACGUGGACGGCAAACGGCGAACGUGACCACUGGUCACACGUAUUCAGAAACAAAUGUGGAUCUAAAACUCCCUAAUUUUGAAAGAACACGUGCCGUGCCCUCCUCAAAGCGCAAAGAAGCACAAAACUGAGGUUCGAUUGGUUUAAGGUGGCGCGACUUUUCUAAACUAAUUGAAGAGAGUAAUGAAGACAAAAUUGAUGCGGUAAAGGAUUGUUUUGGACAACCAAUAUGAAAAUCCCUCGAACACGAUGCGUAUAGGCUAAGAGUUACAAUGACUUACGGGCUUUUCCCUUACCAGCUUCCACUGUCGCACAAACCAUCCAAACAAUACUAAUCAGAAUCAUAGCAAUCUUCAUUGUGAAUAAGUGUCUUCUUUUACACCUGAAAAAUAAAGCUUCUUGUCGUGGAAUAAACUCUUCUCUCACUCUAAAAUCUGUUGUGAAAUUUGCUUGUAUAUCGUCUAGUAUAUAUCAGACUAACAAAUAUAAAUAUUAAAAAGAAUAUUCUCAACCUUUUAAUUAAAUUUUUAAUAACUUUUUAAAUUGGUUUUUUCAAUUUUUUAUUUUUUAAUUAAUUUUUUUAAUAAUUGUUUUAAUUAUUUUUAAAAUUUUUUGAAUUAUUUCUUUAAUAAUUUUUUAAUUAUUGUUUGAAUAAAUUUUUCAAUUAGUUUUUUAAUUAUUUUUUUAUCUUUUUAAAUAAUUGCUUUUAAAUAAUUUUUUCAAUUUUUUCAAUUCACUUUUCAAUUCGUUUUUAAUUCACUUUUUAAAUUAUUUUUUAAAACUGAACUAGCGAGCAGCACUCGACGAUAAGUAGUUGUAAAACUUAAUUAUUAUCCGACGCGUUUUGUCUAACUGCCGUAAACUUCUUCAGGGAGUAUUACGGCAGUUAUCUCUGUAAGAGCGGUCCGGGGCAUUUUGCAUCGGAAAAAGUUUUGCCUCAAACUUUUCACAUUAAACUAUCUUCGGUAGUAAGUAAAUAAAACCACAUUGAGUUUUGGAAAUACGUCAAAAAAAGAUUUUUGAGAGCUCUCAAUAAUCAAAGCUGCAAAAGGCCCUGUUUUGACCUCCUGCGACAUCGAAAAUUUAACGCACGAGAUGCAGCAAUAAAUCGUUUGUAUUCCUAUGUGGUGUGAUAUCUAAGGGGUUUGCAAAGUAUUUCAAUUUUGAUAUGUGCUUAUACAGAGGUUUGCCAUAAAUUAUUAAAAUACACCCGUUAGUCAGCUUUCUGAAAUUGAUCGAAAGUGCUCUUUCAUUCUUGGGUGAUAUUUCUUAAGUCCAGACCGGACCAUUAAAAGAUCAGGUUGAUUUCUUCUAAUAAGAUGUUUGAAAGCAUAGAAAUAUAAAAACAUCUUGCACUUAUUCAUUUCCUUCGCCGUUGUGACUUUAAACUUUUGGUGAUUUGGCUUUGAAUUAUAAUUUGGCGCGAUAGCAGAAUUAUGCAAAUUAUCUGUUGAGCAAACUCCGUCAAUUCUAUAUCAGUAGCGUCAUAAAUCUUAGAUUAAAACCAUUUGCGAAAGGGAAGGUAGUAGGGCAGAGCUUUUAGAACACACUGAUUGAAACUCUACACAUUUUAAACGGCUAAAAUCUGGCAAAUGAUUCUGUCUCGUGACAAAUAAGCUGAACAAAACGUAUUGAAUAUCAUAAUAGUGACAUUUAGCACCAGGUUUUCAGAGGAAACCUCGAACGGCAAACCGGUGGAGGUCACGUUAUCAAGCCCUGUGGUCACGUUCGGAGUUCUCAACGCGCGUUUUCAACGCUAAGAGGUAGGUUUUUACGUAAGUGAUUUACCUGAAUGUUUUUUAUCCUGAAUUUGUUUUUAUGCCACGUACAAAUCAGAAAGGUAUGUAAACCAAUCUUUUUAGAACAAGUUUAGAUAUAUUUUUAGCGAACUAGACCCUGAGAACAGGGUAACUGGGAUACCCGGAUGGUACUGGUCCUUGGGAUCAAUUGUAAUGAUACUACGGGUGUCGGACUAGUAUACUGAAAUAGUGAGCUCAAGUCUGGCCAAGGGCAUACAUCUAUUUCCAAAAAGGUUGUCAUCAGGCGAUAGGUGAUAGGUCAUUCCAAGACAGAAAGGAAUCAUGGGGAUACAACUCAGUAAAUAGUUCUUGCUGAGUGUUGUACAUUUGUUUUCUUAACUGGAUAACAGUUUUUCUGUAUUGUAUUCUGUUACAAACAGAGCAAAUAUAGUAAGGACCUUCCCUAAUCUUACUCUGAAAAGCUGUGCCAUUAGGACUGAAUCUUAUAAUAUAGUACUUAACACUUUUUGCUUUUGUUUUCAUAUUAUUGUUUUGAAAAAUACAGCUGAAGCAAUAAUUUGAAAUCCACAUUAAAAAUCCAGUAUUAUCCUUUGUAUUAUCUGUGAUUGACUUCUGAGGCAAUAAUUUGCAACCAAGAGAUGUACAAAGGCAAUAUUAAUAUCUGCAUCAUAUAUUUGAAGUGUCCUUGGGAAACUAUUGAUAGUGGGUGGAUUGUUAUUGCCAUUGAGUUUUUCUUUGUAAAACUUGUUUGCACGGUCAGUGAUUCUAUCUAGAGUCUGUGAAUUCCAAUACCCACAAUAUUUGAUAAUGGAAAAACAAAUGCUAUAAAAAGAUGUGGCACAACAGCAUAACAAGGGAAUAUGAAUGGUUGUGAUUUCAGCAUCUGCAUGAUUUGCUUUGAGGGGGACAGCUGACAACUGUUGAUCAGAAAUAUCUGUCAUAUCAUAUUGUUUUUCAUUAAUAUGUACACCUUUGAGUUCAAAUAAAACAUUUGGAUUUUGAUAAAGACCUUCAAAAUAGUUUAUCAACUCAUUUAAGGUGUUAACUUCUAACAGCACACAAGUUCCUUAAGGAUGGCACAUACCAUAUGAAUCUCUAACAUGAGAAUCAAAUAUCUUAAACUUACCAUCACCAUUACAGUAAAAACCUACUGUAGUACUAAGGAUUGUUAAAAGAAAGAAAUUAUAAUUUUGUCCCAGCAAAGCCUGCAUAGCAUUAGCAAAUGACAUACAAUAAUUGAAUUCUUGUACUUCACAAAUACCAUUUAUAGUACCAGUAUAGCUUGGACUAUAUUGAAGCUAAUAAUUAAUAUUAAACACUAUUAUUAUUUCAGGUACUUCUGUAUACAGUAAAUAGGAUUGCUUGGAUAGACUAGAUAGACCAGAAUACAAUUCAUCAUCUAUGUUCACGAUAUUAACCAAGUCCAUUGAGGAUACAAUACCAUUCCUCUUGUUAUAUAUGAGGGAAAGAAAGUGACAUGGCUACACACUGUGUUUGUCAGUGGCAGCUUUGAAGAGGGAUGGUUGUAAUGUCUACUCGGUUUCUCUUCUAGACAGGCGUGACUCCUUAUCUGCCUCACUAUUUUCUUAGCCUGGAAUGUGUACUACCGUGAGCCAAACUUUACGAGAUAUGCACAACUCCCAAAUUUGUUUUUCAAGGCAGUUGUUUUCCCGAGAGUGGCAUGUGCCCAUUUGGUUUAUCGUGGUGUUAUUUACCAUAAGUUUGACAUGCUUGCCAGAAAUUGUACUAUCAAAUGAUUUCAGUGCAAGAUAGGCAGCAAGCAUUUCUAGAUAGUUAAUAUCAUGUACAGCUUCUUCUGGAGUCCAAUUUCCUCCAGUUGUGACUGUAUCAAAACAGCAACCGCAUCCAGGGAAAGAUGCAUCUGUUACCAUCAUGAUUUGGGGGUUCCCAUGGUUGAUAAGGUUAAAUGCUAAUGGUAAUGUAUCAACCUACCGUUUGAGGUCCGUUUUGGACUCCAGAGAUAAAGACAUGGCUUUCUCAAAAUUCCCGUUGCAUGUUACUAGGGCCUGUGUUUUAUCCAUUUCAAGAACCCUGUAGUGCAGAGAUCCACACAUAGCCCCUGGGAAACUAGACGUCAUUAGCCCUAAGGUCCCUUUACAUUCAAAUUAUAGAAACUUCUGGUUAUUACUGCUUAUUGGGACUGAAUAAUGGGCAUCUUUCAGAUCUAUGGAUGCCAUGUAACAUCCAGGUUUCAUCAUUCUGAUGGCAGUCCAGAUGUUUCCAUUUUAAAAUGAUGAUUAGUGACAUGGGUAUUAAAGUUCAAAAUCAUUCGAAAAGAACUAUCCUUCUUAGGCCUAGUAAAUACUGGGGAGAUAAAUCCCCCGGCCUCAUGAUGGCAUGGCUGAAUAACCCCUUUUUGGAGGAGCUGAGCAAUUUCCAAAUCAAUAGAUUCGGACUGAACUUCUGAAAACUUUGGUUUCCCCAACAGUUUUAACUGCUUCGACCAUGUACCAAGUUCAAUUUUUUGGCCAGUGACAGUCUCUAAAACUUCAGGAGCAGAGGUCAAGUCUUGCCAUAUGUAUGAGAAUAAACAGCUAUACAACCUGCUGUAAACAUUUGUGACUUGCACCGUAGAAAACGCUAAAAAAGUGAUGGCAAGAUACCUUCAAACUCGCUUACCCGAAUGCUGCUCAGCUUUUGCAUAGUGUCACUGGUUAUUUCCUGUCAUUUGUUUAGUCAGUCGACCGCUUUCUCCAGCUAUUGAAUUGAGCUGGUUUCCUGUAAGUCUGCGAUUUGAUGCACGGAUGUAAUUGAUGGCACAAAGCUACGACUUUCUGACCUGUUAAAUAUCAUCACGAUAUAGGGCAAAUACAAUGCGAGAUUUCAAGUUUUCCCUUUUGAUGCUUGAAAUACUGUUAAUGUUGAAAAUACACGUGCCACACCCUCCCCAAAGUGCAAAGAAGCGCAAACCAGAGGUUCGAUUGGUUUAAGGGAGUGCAACUUUUCUAGACUAGUCGAAGAGAGUAAUGAAGGAAAAAUGAAUGCAGUGAAGGAUUACCUAUGAUAACUAAUUGAAAAUCACUUGAACAUGGUGCAUGUACAUAAGUUUUUAUUUAGGAGUGAGGAACUUUUUUAUUUUGUCACGUACACGUUUUUACUUUUUUCCUAGUUUCCCAUUAACUCCCAAAAACCCUGAAUAUGUUCAGUGUGUAAUUCCCAUUGUUGAGAAUGAGGAAAAACAGACGUUUGCGUAAGACUUUGGUACAAAACACUGUACGGCAGAAAAGCAACAAAAAGAAAGUCAAUAGAAACGAGUAAAGAUAAGGAUUCACCAUGCAAACUUCGUAGCCUUAACACGGCCAUAGGAAUCAGGGGAGAGCAUGCCUCUUAUAAGAGAUUGGGGACCGAUUGUUAGAAAUGGCGGAUCGAUUUGGGACUAGUUGUGUGAAGAUGACGGCUUAAUUCUGCCUUUGGAAUCACGGGAUCAUUGAGUUCACUAUAGCGCCAGUAAUUCUUUUUUUUUCUGUUUCGUAACGUUAGCAAAAAGAACUGUUUCUCUUUUGUUGAUCUGGGGAUCCACCAGACAAAACAAGCUAACGUUGUAAAAUGUAUGUAAGCGGAGCCACAAUAAAUAAUCAGUUUUCUUACCCGAAGAGGUGGUAAAUUCUCAGAAAGCCUUCUGAGAAUUUUGUUUUUUCUUCAACAGUUUCGACAGCUUCCUAGUGUAGACCUCGGAGGUGGCACACCGGGUUCUCUCCUUCCCUCCUCUGUCACAAGACCACCUCCCAUGGGUCGCUCCCAGUCCUCGUCCGAGUUGCACUGCAACUGGCAUGGAACGGAACCCCAUCGGUGA